GGUAAGAGGAAACCCUAAACUGCUCAGGCUCGACCAGCUUCAGACUCUUUCUUUUUCUUUCCCUCUCUUUUCACUCACUCAAACCCAUCGGACGUGUGCGCGCUCAGGACGAGAAUGGCAGCAUCAUCUGCAAAGAGAACAGAACGGCCCUGCAAAAUGUUUGCUUUUGCUUUGCUACUCAUCAGUUCGCUUUUAAAUGCAGGAGUCAUGGCACAGGAAGAGGAAGAUGUUGAAACAAAAGUGCCACCUGUGGAAGCAGAGGCAUAUGUACGAGGAGACAUGAUUCCAAAGAUAACGGAAGCCCCUGAGCAAGAGGAUCCACAAGUCCAAACCUUGGUUUUCCCUACUAUGGAAUCUCUAGAACCCACUGAACAGACUACAGACGCACCAGCUAUGGAAGAAGUAGAAGAGGCAGGAGAUGCGGGACACAACGAGGUCAGCAGCCCCGCAGCUCCAGAGGAGGCAACUGAUGAGGGAACUCAGUUCACAGCUGAGGCACAUACUGACAUACCCAAAGUCAUGGAACCAGAAACCCAAGCACCUAUGCCUUCCAGAGGCGAUGGCCCGAGGAACAUGCCACAGCCAGUGCCACAGGAUGAUGUUGUCUGUGUCAGCAAAGAGGCGGUCCAGAACAAAAACGCCGUCAAUCUGAAACUCAAGGCCUCCUCCAACUGUAAAGACACCAAAGUGAAGAUUGAAAGUGUUCUGCAGGAGCUGUGUGGUGAAGACUGUAAACUAGAGAUCUACCAGGAGGACAACUCGGAUAAAAUCCUUGUGUCUGGAAAGUAUGUUGAAGCUGAUGUUACAGGCAUGGCUAACAAGUUCAACAAUGACAACAUCAAAGAUAAGACUGAUGUGGAGGAAGCUGUUCCUCGUUGGGGGAAGAACUCUAAGUUGGUACUGGUUUCCUUGCUACUGACUGGCCUGCUGCUGGCUGCACUGCUGGUAGCUGGUUAUUACCUCAAGACCCACCGCAAGAACUCCAAAGGAGUCAGACUGGCCGAGUCUUUCCAGGUGGAUGAGGAGAACCAAGCUAAUACCCUGGUGUCUGUGGCCCCCCUUCCCCAGGAGCCCCUCGACAAGCCCACCUCCAAUGGAGAGUCCCCACCAGAAAAUGGGACCAACCCUGCCCCCACCACUAACGGACACUCCCAGACCCCAGUGGCUGACACUGAGAUGUGAAUGAUGACCACCCCCCUCCGAACCUCCUGUUCUACUCAUCACCCACUGGGAAACACGAUCCACAAGCCCCUCCGCUGCCUCAGAAACUGUCCACACACUGAGACAAAUUCAACAUGAAUCCACCAAAUAGAUUCAACUCCCCUCCUCCUCUCCUCAACUUGUACCUCCCGGGACAAUGAUUACAACAACGAUGAAGCUCAUCACUAUGAUGAUGAUAGUGACAAUGCCUGUAAUGUGAAAAGCUUGGGAUCACUGGCCUUUGCUGGUGUCAAGAGGAGCCUACAGACACUUUGUUUGGGACUGAGACUGAUCAGCAGGUCACUGACUGGGAUUUGUUAGCUGCCCUGACUUCAGUCUAGUAAUCAUUGCAAAAUCACCAAAAUAAAAAAUGCCAAAUAUGUGCUGUUGAUCCCUGACGAAGAAGCAAAGAAUGGUCUAUUAUUUCACCACAGCUGUGGUGCAGUGAAACCAAUGAAGCCAGGCAGGUGAAUGGAGACCAGUUUCUGUACUGUUGUAAAAAGGACUGACGCACACUGCUUGACUGUUUUAUUUUUCUCUAUGUGAUUCAGUAAAUGUUCGUUUUCGUAGCCUCGCUAUUUGCCUUGACUUUGUUAGACCUAUAAAGUGGGAGAAGGGCAAAAAAUAAGAAAGUUUAAUAUUUUUUUUGAAAUAAAAAAAACAUGCCAUUGUUAACAUUCUUCAUAAAAACCAAAGACCAGGUAUUAGUAUUAGCAACAUACAAAAUACAUAGCAAGCAGCAAGCAUGAUCUUUGGUUUCACUGAGGAAUUAAAUAAUGUUACCAAGCUAUUCAUAAUGUGGAAAUAUCAGAAAUGUCUGAAAAGUAUUAGUAUUUUCCUCAGUGCUUUAUACUGAUAGCAAAAUGAACAACUAAACCUUGUUAAUUACUGACCUUUGGUCAAAGUUUAAUUGGGAUAGGUUGCCAAGUACAUUUCUAUUUUUUUGUGGUUGCAUAGUGCUUGUCAUUAGUCUACAGUUUUUUGUUUUUGUUUUUUAAACAACUUUAAGUAUUUCCUAUUGUCACCACUGUCUUUGAGAAUGGUGAAGAUCUGCAUCAUUUUUAAAUUCUGAGAAAAAAGGCAUUGAAAACCACACACACACAAAUAGACUUUCAACUGCCCAGGCUUGUAAACAAAAUCCCUACCAUGAAUUCCUACACAACAUGCAGCAGGUUUACCAUUCCAAAGACUGCCUUUAUCUCUUUGUUGAUAUAAAAAAAAAAAAUUACGUCAGUGGUACACAUUUUUAAGCUUCUCUUCUGAACAACUGGUUGCUUUCAUUAUGUACUGCAUGUGUAAAUAAGACUGCUGUCUCUGUUAGUCAUAUCUGUG